AUGAUCUCACAGAAUGCUCAUUCGGCACUUCUCAUUGACGAUCAGCUCGCUGUUGCUCAGUCAUUGGCGGAGCCGUACUAUGGAUCAAUGAUCUCAACCACCGAUGCACCUAUUAAGGAGACCUUGAUGACGGAGAUCGUGAGGAAACAAAGCCGAAACUCUCUGAUCGCGAAGAAACCAAACCCCGCGCACGCAAGGUGUUAG